UAAGCGAACAACACAAAAUUCAAUAGAAGAUAGCAAUAAAAAGAAGUUUUUUUUUUGUUUAUUGUUAUUAGUAUUAAACUGUCGGUUUAACGAAAUUUUUGCAAUUUUUUGAUUUUUAAAAUUGUUCGGCUUCGCUCAAGUUAAUAAAUUUAUUUUUUGUUAAAAAAAAGAAUCAAAACACAGUUUACGUGUGGUUGUCAUCGUGUUUACAUCAUUUUUUUUGCAUUCGCCAAAAAAGAGGGGUCAAAACGUAUUUUAUGCCAGGUUGUGAUUUGAAUUCUUUCCGUGGGAAAAAUCAAGUGAAUGAAAUUGAGUGUUGUUCACCGAUAUUAAUUUUCAAGCACAUUUGCUUUUGUUGUUUUUUUUUUUUAAAUAAUACUGAACUAAAAAGAAAAUUGAUCAUCGAACAAGUGAAAUUGAGCGAAAAGAAAACACGAAAAUAUCGAACAACAGAACACAGCGUGGUUGAUUGUUCAGUUUUGUUUGUUUGAUUGAAAUCGGUUUGCAUCAUGGAGACAAUGGAGUAUGAAACUGCCCGGAAUUUAACGUUGCUUUUUUUCUUGGAACGUUUAAUGGAACGCGGCGAACCUCGAACCUUACAUGAUCUGUCGUGUCAAUUUGGUUCAAAGGGAUUUACAAAAGAAAUGCGCCAAAUCGCUGGCGGCAGUCAAUCCGGUUUGAAGAAGUUUCUUGCUCAAUAUCCGGCUAUAUUCGUUAUCGAUGGUGAUCAUGUGCUAGUUAAUUCAUAUGAGAAAUCAGCUUCAAAUGAUGUGCUGGGCGGUGGUACUCGUGAUUAUAUCCAAGAGUCGAAAGAUUAUUUUAAGCAUAAAUUGCUUCAGUACGGCAUCGGCACCGAAGUUCCAAUUAAAAGUCUUCUCGGCCAUCGUAGCCAAGCAUCACCACAAAUUCGACACAUUUCAGGUCAACAUAUCAAAGAGUUUACAGAAUUUUUGAGCAAACACACCGACACAUUUCAAAUAAUCGAUGAAUGUGUUGUAUUGGUUGGCUGUGAUGAUUUACAAGAUCUUCCAUUAUCGGAGCGUCUUCAUUUGCCACAACCAUCGAUCGAUACGGUGGCCACACAACAAAUGUUAGAUUUCUUCGCAUCGUACAUUGAAUCAAAAGGUCCAAUUGUCGUAGAUCAACUAUUUCAUUUAGUCACCGCAACGUUUCCGCAAGAACAAUGGUUUUCAAUGUUUAAAACUCCAAAUGAUUUGAGCACAUUUUUGAAAUUAUUCUCCAAUUGUUUUUACAUUCAAUCAAAUCUAGUCACAUUGCUGCAAAAACCGGUAUUAUCGGAUUUGCAUAUUCAACAACAAACGGCAAAAGCAAAAGAUUGUAUUAACAAUAAUUAUGCGUCAACCACAAUAAAUCGCACACAAUCGCCGAUAUCACGAGCUGCAACCGUCGGCGAUUUUAAACUAAAUGAACCCGUUUCGAAUGUCAAAGUUACGGUGAAUAAUUGUUUGAAUAACAAUGCAACAAGUAAUAAUAAUAAUAAUAACAACAACAAUAACAAUAAUAACAAUAACAAGAGUGAACCGAAUAGUGGAUUCGAUAGCUACAUUCCGGACUUUGAUAUCAAAAUGGAAAAUCUAUGCGAAAAUAAUUGCCCAAAAACCGGCAACACAUUCUCAACAUCCGAACCAAAUUCAUUAACACAGAUUUCCGAUACAUCGUCACCCAUGUCGAAUCGAAGUCCAGCAAUGUCACCAACACCACCAUCCACUACUUCCACACCAAACGAACGAACCAAUUAUGCUGGCAAUAAAAAUCAAUCACUCAAACAACGUAUCAACAAUUUGGUUAUUAAAACACUAGCCGAAAAUGAAAAAGACAAAUCAAAUGUUCCAAUAAGUAUACAUCAGACAAAUAAUCAAACAAGCAACACAAAUUCACCAGUUUCGACAGCAAAUACAACGACCAGUAGUUCGUUGUUGGCAUCGAAUCUUCCAAAGAGUGGUGGCGGUGAUAGUGGUGCAAAUAAUAUGUUUGUGGGUGAUACAUGGAAAAUUAAGGUGCUGCAAAAUACUCGAGUCAUUGCCACCGUUAAUGAGAGUCAAUUUGUAACCGAAGCAAUUGCAAAAUCAGCUACAAAAGAUGAACCGGUUGUGAUUUCAGUGGAUUGUGAAGGCAUUAAUUUAGGACUUAAGGGCGAAUUAACACUGGUUGAAAUUGGCACCGUACGUGGUGAAGCCUUUAUUUUUGAUGUCUUUCAAUGUCCAAAUAUUAUGGCAGAGGGUGGCCUAAAGGCAUUGCUUGAAAAUGAAAAUGUUAUUAAAAUCAUUCACGAUUGUCGUAAUGAUUCGGUCAAUCUAUUUGUGCAAUUCAAAGUGUUGCUACGAAAUGUGUUCGAUACUCAAUCGGCUCAUGCGUUGCUGCAGUAUCAAGAACAAAAUAAGCAGGUGUAUAAAGUAAAAAAUGUUUCAUUGAAUACAUUGUGCGAAAUUUAUAAUGCGCCAAAGAAUCCAAUGAAAGAUCAGCUAAAGAAUAUUUAUCGACGUGAUCAAAAAUACUGGUCGCGACGGCCAUUAUCCAGAGAUAUGCUCCUUUAUGCUGCAGUCGAUGUACUGGUUCUGAUUAAUGAGCAACUUUACGCCAAAAUGUCAGAAGCUAUUAAACCAGAAUUUAAAGGCUUACUGUCCGAACUGUGUACUGAACAAAUUCUAAUGCUCAUCAAACCGAAUGAGGUACGAUCACGAAAAAAACAACGUAAACUUGGUACUGAGGUGGCUGACUUGAAGCAGAAAUUAUGUCAAUCGAACAAAAAUAUUGUGUUGAGCAAUCGCGAGAUUCGUCUUUUACGGUACUUGGAUUUGACGGAAGAAGAAAAGGAGAAACUGCGAGGUUCACACAAAGUGGCUAGAAAAUUAGAGAAACUAGAAAGUAUCGGUCAAGAUCGAUCAAACAGUGAUUCAGAAGACGACAUUGAACCGGACACAGUUGAUCAAGAAUAUCCAAGUUUGGAUAGUGUACCAUCCGAUAAUUCGUUACCUGGUCCAACCACAUUCUCACCACGUAAUUCGGAACCACCCAGUUUAACGGAAUCGAUGCAAUUAAUGGAUGAAAUCUUAUCCGACAAAACAAUGGAUCGCAUCGAGAGAAUCGACAAAUUAGAAGCAAUCUUGUCGGCAGCAACAUUGUUGCCAAGUGAUCCGGUUAUCACAACUCUUUCGAAUUCAAUGGACACACAAUCCAACUCAAGCAGUUCCUACGAAAGUUUUCAACUCACUAAAAUUGAACCGAAGCGAUGCUGCCCGUGUAAUUGUCAAGGCAAUAAAGUCUAUAUGAACAAUCAACGCAACAUUAAUCUCAAUGACAGUAACAAUUACUCUCCACUGGGUUCAAACAACAAAUCGAACGCCGGUUGUCAAACAUUGAGCACUGGUGACAUUGUCAUCAUGAAGGUUUACUUUAAAGAGGAUCAAGAAAAAGGCACCGAACGCGUCAUCGUUUCAUCACCAAAGCGAAAUGCUCAAUGAAAAUAUUUUCUUCCAAUAUAUUUAUAUACUGAUUUAUCUUAGUUGAUAUUCGCCUACAAUUAAGAUGCCAUAUUAUAUUUUAGUUAGCAAAAAUUGAUCAAUUCUAUUACAACAUUUGUAUAGACCGAUAAUAGAAGAAACGAAAAAUAUUAAAUGAAAUGAUAAUUUCAUGUUGCUUAAAGACAAAGAAUACAAAAUUUAUAGCUUCAAGUCAAACGAAACUGCUCAAAAUAUUAUAUACAUAUAUUUGAAAAGAGAGAUAAAAAAAGAACACAUCAACAAAAUUUCCAGAUUGGUCAACUGACAUCACAUAUCAUUGAUGCAUAUUUCUGUUUUUUUUUAAAUGGAUACACUGUUAUUUUCUUUGAAUUUUUUGUAAGAAAAAUGGGUAAAAAUUGAAUAAAUUAUUAUAUUUUGUUAAU